AAAUACAAUUCAUUCAAACAAUCACUUCAUUUGAUCCCAAGAUAUGACACACGAAAUGAAACACUUGAAGACAUCACUCGAGACCACAUAUGGCUGUGAAAAUGAAGACCAAAAAAGACAUCAGCCAAAGAUUUACGCGAAGAACUCAAUGGACAGAUUCGGUGAUGAUUUGUGUGCACUUCUCUUGUCUUAUCUCUCAUUUGAAGAUCGGUUUCAAUGCGAAUGUGUGUCCAAACAGUUCCAGAGGACAGUCUUCGAGAGUGUUGUGGACAUCACUCUUAGCGACCGAUUUAUACAGCGAUUACUGAAAGAGAAAAGAAAUCGGUUUCAAUGCGAAUGUGUGUCCAAACAGUUCCAGAGGACAGUCUUCGGGAGUGUUGUGGACAUCACUCUUAGCGACCGAUUUAUACAGAGAUUACUGAAUGCCAAGAAAAGUGAUACCGAAAUGUUGGCUAUAAUUGCCGUGAAGUGUGCGAAGAUUCAGACUAUUGACUGCCGAGGAAUAACUAAAGACUACGAGAAACGCAUUCCCGAAGUGUUGGGUAUAUUGAGACAGUAUUGCCGUCACUUACGGGACAUUUACUGCGAUUUGAGUGCGAAUAGCCGUCAAAUGAUGGCCACAUUUGGACCACUGGUCACACGAAUCGAUGCCAUAAACUCGUAUAACGACAGCCAAGCGCUCACUCAUUGCCACCGAUUGUCACAAUUAAGGAUCAAUUCAUUUAAUGACAUCUUUUACAUAAUUUACGACAAAUUGUUUGUCAAAAAUGUGCAUAAAAUAGUGUUUAGAAAACACGCCGCCUAUGAGUACCACCGCUGGACUUCAUUCGUGGCACAGAAUCAGUGCCUCCAAAGUCUGGCCAUAAAGUUGUCUUAUAUUAGACCUGAAGAGUUAAAGAAACUGUCGGUACAAUUGUCACGAUUACCACAAUUACGGGAACUGACACUCAGUUUGAAUUUAUCGCACGGCCAGACAUCGGCGGCUGUGACCGACUCUAUGCGUACAAUUGGCUUAUGUUUAGAGAUCUAUGCCGUCAUCGAUGAGCGAGUGUUGGAACCGUUGAGACACUGCAAGAGAUUAACGCAUUUAGACAUCUAUUUAAAGAAAAUAAACACAAAUGUGUUGAAAGAUUUGUAUCAAUACUGUCCACGACUUCACUAUCUAUUCAUUCGUGACUUGAAUGACAUUAUAGACACCGAGUGUUUGUCACACCUCUCAAGACUACCGGCGCUGCAAAUGCUUGUCAUUGAAACCCAUAACAACAUUACUACCAGUGAUAAUGAUUUGAAUGCUGUGUUGUCUUCGAGUCUUAAACUCAAGACAAUUGAAAUCCGUACCGUGCAUAUGACACAACAGAUGAAACACUUGAAGACAUCACUCGAGACCAGAGUUGACGGCGAAGAUGAAGACGAAGAACGACAGCCAAAGAUUUACGCGAAGAACUCAAUGGACAGAUUCGGUGAUGAUUUGUGUGAACUUCUCUUGUCUUAUCUCUCAUUUGAAGACGCCAAAGUUACGCUUACACACAGGUUUGUCAAGAUCAUUGACUGUCGAGGAAUAACCAGAAACUACGAGAAUCGCGUUCCCGAAGUGUUGGGUAUAUUAAGAGACUAUUGCCGUCAUUUGCGGGACAUUUAUUGCGGUUUGUGGCCAAACAGAGGGCAAAGCAUCGGUCCAUUGGGACCACUGGUCACACGACUCGAGAACAUUAACUCCUUUAGUGACAGCAAAACGGUCACUCAAUGCCACCGAUUGUCACACUUAUGGGUCCAUUCAGGUAAGCACCGUGUCUUAGUCAGCGAAGUUUCAGACCGGUAUUUCUUAUGUUAUAUGAGAUCCGAAGAGUCUUUGAUGGAACUGUCGGUACAAUUAUCACGAUUAUUACAAUUACGGGAACUGACACUCGGGUUGAGGGUAAUUGGCGGCCAGACAUUGGCGGCUGUGACCGACUCUUUGCGUACAAUUGGCGUGAAUUGCAAACAAUUGCAACGAUUUUCACUCCAGUUGGCCGCAAGGGCUGGCGAACCAGCGAUCAAUAUAUCGUUGGAUUGGUUGAGAUCUUAUGGAUCAUUAAAGCGGUUAUGUUUAGAGAUCAAUGUCGUCAUCGAUGAGCGACUGUUGGAACCGUUGAGACACUGCAAGAGAUUAACGCAUUUAGAGAUCUAUAUAAAGAAAAUAAACACAAAUGUGUUGAAAGAUUUGCAUAAAUACUUUCCACGACUUCAAUACCUAUUCAUUCAUGACUUGAAUGGCGUUAUAGACACCGAGUGUUUGGAUCACAUCUCAAGACUACCGGCGCUGCAAACGCUUGUCAUUCAAAGCCAUAACAAUAUUACUUCCAGUGAUAAUGAUUUGAAUGCUGUGUUGUCUUCGAGUCCUAAACUCAAGACAAUUGAAAUCCGUAUCAAGACAUCAGUUGUUAACACCGAUGACGGCAUUGAAGACAACACUCAACAGUCAAAUAUUUACGCGAAGAACUCAAUGGACAGAUUCGGUGAUGACUUUUAUGGACUCAUAUUAUCCUAUCUCUCACUCGAAGAUCGGUUUCAAUGCGAAUGUGUGUCCAAACAGUUCCAGAGGACACUCUUCGUGAGUGUUGUGGACAUCACUCUUAGCGAUGAAUUUAUACAGAAAUUACUGAAUGCGAAGAGAAGUGACGUUCAAAUGUUGGCCACAAUUGCCAUAAAGUGUGCAAACAUUGAGUGCAUUGAUUGCCGAGGAAUAAGCUAUGGAUAUGAAGAACACAUUCCGGAAGUGUUGAACACAUUUCGAGACAAUUGCCGGCAUUUAAGGGAAAUAUAUUUGACGUCAAAAAGUGCGCAAACAAUGCCAUCGUUGGGACCACUGGUCACACGAAUCGGUGAAGUCCGCAGCUGUGAACCAGUGUUUGCGCACAAUUGGUGUGAAUUGCAACGAUUGUCACUCCAACUGAUCUCAGUGGACACCGAACCCGUAUUCCCGAUAUCAUUGGAUUCGUUGAGAGUUUAUCGCCAAUUAAAACGAUUACAUUUAACAGCGUAUGCGACCGUCGAUGACCUGCUGUUGGAUCCGUUGAGACACUGCAAGAGAUUAACGGAUUUAGUGCUGUGUUUAUGUCGUAUGAAACCAAAUGUGUUGAAAGAUAUUCAUAUAAAGUGUCCGCGACUUCAAUACCUAUUCUUUAAUGACUGGAAUAGCAUUAAGUGCUGGAAUAACACCGAGUGUUUGGAUUACAUCUCAAGACUACCGGCGCUGCAAACGCUUGUCAUAGACUUCGAUGACUUUGACGAAGAAUCUGCUAAUCUCUCGGACAAGGAUUUCUCGGACAAUAAUUUCCCGGAUCUGUUGUCCAGAAAUAUGACACAAGAAGUGACACAAAUAAUGACAUCACUCGAGACCACAGAUGACGGCAAUGAAGACAGCAUUCAACAGCCAAAGAUUUACGCGAAGAACUCAAUGGACAGAUUCGGUGAUGACAUGUGUGGACUCAUAUUAUCCUAUAUCUCACUCGAAGACCGGUUUCGAUACGAAUGUGUGUCCAAACAGUUCCAGAGGACUGUCUUCGGGAGUGUUGUCUUCAUUGAUAUCAACGACCGAUUCGAUGAUAAAUCCCAGACCUGUUUCACAGCUAUGAUUGAAGUGUUGGCCAAAAAGUGUCCAAACAUUGAGACCAUUGACUUCAGAGGAAUGUUCAUUGGAUGCGAAGAACACUAUCCGGAAGUGUUGCGAUUAUUUCGAGACAAUUGUCAUAAUUUGCGAGAAGUUUACUGUUCUUUAGAGGAAAAUACGGCACAAAUGUAUCGACAUUUUGGACCACUGGUCACACAAAUCGAUUGCAAUAAGUUGUCCGACACUGUCGUCGACAUCACUUCCGGACAACUAUUGGCCAACAAUUUGAAGACAUUUGCGUUGAAUUGCUAUUCCGCCGAAGACAACGAACUAUUCACUGCAUUUGUGGCACACAAUCAGUGCCUCAAAAGUCUAGACAUUGAAAAUAUUUACAGCGAUCUGAACGUUACUCUCCCCGAACUGGCCGUACAAUUGUCACGAUUAACACAAUUACGGCGAUUGGGUCUUUCAUUGGGAAUAAUGAGAGGUCAAACACUUGUGGUGAACCUAUGUUUGCGUACAAUCGGCGAGAAUUGCAAACAAUUGCAACGAUUGUCACUCGAGGUGUGCAACUAUACGCCCGCAGUUUAUGUCAAUACAUUGGAUUCAUUGCGAUAUUAUUCCCAAUUAAAACGAUUGGAUUUAACAAUAUAUGUGGCCUUCGAUGAGAAAAUGUUGGAUCUUUUGCGACACUGCAAGAGAUUAACGCAUUUAAAGCUGUAUUUAACGCAAAUGACAGCGAAUGCGUUCAUCAAUUGUCUUAAGAAUUGUCCGCGACUUCAAUACCUAUACACUCAUGACUUCCACAACAUUAUGGGCGCCGAGAGUUUGGAUGAGUUGUCACGACUACCGGCGCUGCAAACGCUUAUCAUUUUCUUCCGUCAAGACUAUGAUCUCAUUAAUAAUCACUUCUGGGAUCUGAUGGCCAGAAGUGCUAAACUCAAGUGCAUUCGGCUUCGCGUUCGCAAUAUGACACAAGAAGUGACACAAAUGAUGACAUCAGUCGAGACCACAGAUGACGGCAAUGAAGACCACAUUCAACACCCAAAGAUAUACGCGAAGAACUCAAUGGACAGAUUCGGUGAUGACAUGUGUGGACUCAUAUUAUCCUAUCUCUCACUCGAAGAUCGGUUUCGAUGCGAAUGUGUGUCCAAACAGUUCCAGAGGACAGUCUUCGAGAGUGUUGUGGACAUUGAUAUCAACGACCGAUUUCAUGAUAAAUUCAAGACCUGUUUCACAGCUAUUAUUGAAUUGUUGGCUAAAAAGUGUCCAAACAUUGAGACCAUUGACUUCAGAGGAAUGUUCAUUGAAUGCAAAAAACACAUUCGAGAAAUGUUGCGAUUAUUUCGAGACAAUUGUCUUAAUUUGCGUCAAAUAUACUGCAGUUUCGACAAAAAGAUGGCACAAUUGUAUCAACAGUUCGGACCACUGGUCACACGAAUCGAUUGCGAUGCGUUGUCCGACACUGUCGUCGACACCACUUCCGGACAAUUAUUGGCCAACAAUUUGAAGACAUUUGAGUUUCAUCGCUAUUCCGCAGAAGACAGCCAACUAUUGUCUUCAUUCGUGGCAAACAAUCAGUGCCUCAAAAGUCUAGACAUUUACAAGAUUUUCGUCGAUCUGAACGAUACUCUCCCCGAACUGGCCGUACAAUUGUCACGAUUAACACAAUUACGGCGAUUGAGACUACGGUUGGAAAUGAAUGGCCAGACACUUGUGGUGAACCAGUGUUUGCGUACAAUCGGCGAGAAUUGCAAACAAUUGCAACGAUUGAUACUCGAAGUGUAUAACGCUGUUAAUGUCGAAACAUUGGAUUCAUUGCGAUAUUAUUGCCGAUUAAAACGAUUGCAUUUAACUAUAUAUGCGGUCUUCGAUGAGAAAGUGUUGGAUCCGUUGCGACACUGCAAGAGAUUAACGCAUUUAGAGCUGCAUUUAAGACUGGGAGCAAAUGUGUUGAAAGAUUUGCAUAUAAAGUGUCCGCGACUUCAAUACCUAUCCAUUCGUGGCUUAAAUAACAUUACGGGCGCCGAGAGUUUGGAUGAGUUGUCACGACUACCGGCGCUGCAAACGGUUGUCAUUUUGUUCCCUCAAGAUUAUGAUCUCAUCGACAAUGACGUGUGGGAUGUGUUCGCUAGAAGUGCUCGAUUCAAGUCGAUUCUGCUUCGCCGUCACAGUGGCGUCAAAUUUUAUUACCGAAAAUAUGCGAUAAAUAUGAAACACUUGAAGACAUCACUCGAGACCAGAGAUGAAGACAACAUUCAACAGGCGAAGAACUCAAUGGACAGAUUCGGUGAUGACUUGUAUGGACUUUUGUUGUCUUACUUUCCACUCGAAGACAAAUUCCGAUACGAAUGUGUGUCCAAACAGUUCCAGAGGACAGUCUUCGUGAGUGCUGUGGACAUCACUCUUAGCGACGGAUUUAUGUAUAAAUUCCUAAAAGAGAAGACAAUUAAUACCCAAUUGUUGGCCACAAUUGCCAUAAAGUGUCGAAACUUUCAGACCAUUGACUGCAGAGGAAUAGGCACUGAAUACGAGAAACGUAUUCCCGAAGUGUUGGGCAUAUUUCGAGACAAUUGUCUUAAUUUGCGGGAAAUUUACUGCAAUUUACGUGUGAGAAGUCAAAUGAUGUUAACAUUCGGACCUCUGGUCACACGAAUCUAUUCUAUGGAUCCGUUUAGGAAACAAUCACUCAUUCAUUGCCACCGAUUGUCUCAUUUAAGGGUCAAUUCCUUGUCGGAUGUCUUUGACAAGACUUGCGGCCGACUAUUGGCGAAGAAUUUACACAAAUUUACAUUUUUUUGCGAUUCAAACAAUGAUAAGAAACUAUUGUCUGAAUUCUUGGCACACAAUCAGUCCCUCAAAAGUCUUGAGGUAAUAGAUAUAAGAUAUAAAAGUGCGGACACUUUACCCGUAAUGUGCGGACAAUUGUCACGAUUACCGCAAUUACGGGAACUGAAACUCAGUCUAAUGAGUGAUCAAAAGUCAUUGUCUGAGUCUUUGCGUAUAAUUGGCUUAAACUGCAAACAAUUGCAACGAUUGUCACUCAUGUUCGCCACAACUGAUUCCGAACUCAAUGGCCAGACAUUGGAUUCAUUGAGAGUUUAUUCCCGAUUAAAACGAUUGGAUUUAUAUUUCUACGACGGAAUCGAUGGGGAAGUGUUGGAACCGUUGAAACUCUGCCACCGAUUAACACAUUUAACACUCAAUACAUGGGAAUUAAGUGCCAAUUUUGUGGUCGAUUGUGACCAACAUUGGCCGCGACUGCAAUACCUGUGCCUCAAUAUUACUGAACUGACCGGCGAUUGUUUGUCACACAUCUCAAGACUACCGGCGCUGCAAACACUGGUCAUUGACUUCGAAGAAUGUGACGACAACUCUGAAGACUCUGAAGGCUGUGGCGAAGAAUCUAAUGAUCUCUCGGAUAAUAAAUACUCGGAUCUGUUGUCCAGAAGUCCUAAACUCAAGAACAUUACAAUCAAUGGACAGAAUAUCCCGACGGUUCACGGAAGGUCAUUUAAGGAAGGUCGCUUUUAUAAUUACCAUAGUAACGAAGGAAAUGGUAGGGUUCACGGAAGGUCAUUUAAGGAAGGUCGCUUUUAUAAUUACCAUAGUAACGAAGGAAAAUUUCAUCAUGACAAUAACUUAAAUGUGAGUGCGGUAGAUUGCUCACUCGAAAAAAUCUUCAUUAGACGGGCAUUAUCAAUGGACCCGUAUAAUGGACGCUGGAUGUUUAGAGAUCCAUUCAGCGAAAGCGCUUGGGAUAACAUUGGUGUUAUGUAUAAAGCUGAUCAGAAU